CAAAAGCCGGUUCCCCAUGUUUAACCAAUUUUAUUUUAAUUUUCAAAUUAUUACGUGAAAAUCUCUUUCCUAAAGAGAGUUAGUUGACUUGUUCUACUUUCGGCAAUACAAUUUGCAUAGUUAUCAAAACUAGAACAACAGACACCUGCAGAAUGUUCACAAGUGUUUUCUACCCUUUCCGGAAACAGGAAAUAUUUUGACACGCACUGUGCCCACAAUUAAAAAAGUUUUCAAAGACAAAAAUAUACUUAUUUGACGACUCUUCACACAUGAGGACAUUUGGAUAUGAACUGGGGCCGAAUUGCAGAUGAUAUUGUUGUGCAGAAUUGACUGGAUAUUUGUGAAACAGGGCGGGAAAUAAAACAAGAUUUAAUAAAUUAGAGCAAUUUACUCGAGACUGGUCUCGUUUUUUGGAACUAUUUACCUAAUUUAUUCAGAUGUAACUGAGCUAUUCUGAUAAGUGCCAAACAGAGACUGUUUACUUGGUACGUUUCGAAAUCUCCGUUUAUUCAGGUGAUGCGGGAUUUUUAAUGAAAAGAAGAGUCACGAUGUUUGUUCCCGUAUUUUUUUUUUUUUUUAGUAGUGAAAAACACGUGCAAGGAAUAAGAUGUGAUGUGCCAGAUUUAAUAUGUUAGAGACUUGUUUUUUAUUUCGUUGGAUUUUACCAGUUUUUGCAAGUUUGUGAAAGUGAGGAGUUUUCUACUAUCAGGAAGAGGGAUGACAAGAUGAAGGACAUGUCUGAUCAGUCUGAUCACUGUAUCCUUAAUAUGAUGGACUUUGAAAGUUGGCCUUUAGAUGAUGAGUUCCAGGAAGAUUUUAUUCAAGAUCUCAGUUCUAAAUUGGACAUCCCGCUUCUUUUGGGAGGCGAGGGAUCUCCGAUUUACGACGAAAGUCCUGAUGAUAUAAUGAAGAAUGCCACGGAAUCCCCUUCGUCAUACCACACAGAUGACUUGGACAUGAACUUUAUGCCCAUGGAUUUGGACGUUUUCCAAAAUAUUUGUUCCGAUGGCUUAGAUCCCCUCUCUUCAGAAUCUGAUUUCCUAAAUGAAAUCACAGAAGGCAUUAAAAUCGAAAAAAAUAUCAAAAUGGAGCCUCAAAGUCCAAGAUCUUCGUUACCUCUUUCUCCUAGCCCUAGUCACUCUGAGAGUAGUGGACUCGAAUGGCAUAAUGAUGCUUCUUCGACUACAUCUAGUGAUGGAAAGUUUAUGUUGGAAACGCCGCCGAUAUCUCCUCCUCAAAGUGAACCAACUUCCCCACCAAAGCUACUAAAUUCAGCCUCACUUCAGCAAAUAAAAUUAUAUCCUGUUAAUGCGGAAGAAAACUCAGCCGCCAAAUUUGUUCUCUCAAAGGGAUGCACGGCAAAGCGAGUUUGCAUUCAACCCAGAAUCAACAAAACCUCAGCCAAAGGUGGAGAACAACCACGAAAAACGAUAAUUCUCAGCGCCCAGGACUUUGCAGCCCUCUCACAAAAAGUCAAGCAAAACGGCACACCACAAUUGAAAAUACAAACCUUGCCGAUUAACAGGACAGUGAAGGUUCAAAAUCAGUUGAAUAUUCUGCCGACGCAGCAUGCGAAGGUGGAAAAGGGCACAUCAACCGCCUUUGCUCAAACAAAUCAACUAAAACUCAUCAACUCCAUUCCAAAAGUACAAAUUCCGAGUGCAAAUACGAUAGCGACGCCGAUUGUCGUGCCAAAAGAGCCGCCACCGGCGGCCUGCACUCCCUUAGUUUUAAAAGACAAUCCAAACUGUACACCAAUAGUUAUUAAGAAUGAAAUUUCGGAAUAUAUCAACCUUUCUGGUAGACAAGAGAGUGAAAUUAAAGCAUUGAAGAGACAACAGAGAAUGAUCAAGAAUCGAGAGUCUGCUUGUCUUUCGAGGAAAAAGAAAAAGGAGUAUGUUACUGCACUUGAAAACCAGAUUUCUGAUCUUCAAGAGCGAAAUCAACAACUUCAAGCUGAAAAUGCAGCUUUAAAACAGAGAUUGAGUGAAGUAGAAGAAUUAAAUGGAGGAAGGAGUAGGGGGAGAAAUGUGAACCUUGGUGCAAAUAGGAAAAACACCGUUAUGCUUCUUGCAGUUCUGUGCAUGGUUUCUUUUAACUUUAGCAAUUUUGGUGUUUUUCAAACGAAACCAAAAAUAGAAUCAAUGUCAGCCCACAUGCCUUUGCCAAAUGUGAGGCGCACGAGGUCCUUACUUUGGACAGAGCCUGAUCCUGAAGAUACAAAUUCUUCGACAGAGAGUUUCAAUGAAACGAUGCAUCAUCCGAUGUGUCCAAUGUUCAUAAAUCAAACCGAGUCGAUACGCUUGGACUACGAACUUCGACGCUGGAUUGGCGGCAAUUCGGACGAAGAUAAUUGGACGAAACCGACAAAAACCGAAUUGGAGGUGAAAUCAUUGGGCGAAUUUUUAUUAUCAAAGCCCUCUUUCGUUCAGAAAAAAAUUAUGGACAGGCUCAAGCCACCAACGAAAAAGAAACUCGAGCCCAGACAACGGUCGACUAAUGUCCCAUCGCAAAAUAACAAUGCUGUCGAAGUCUUUUCACCGACUCUCAAAGAUCAUGCUGAACUUUUUGACGCUCUCAGGAGGAAAGACGACACAUUUUAUGUUGUUUGGUUCAGUGGAGAGCAUUUAUUACUUCCGGCUUCGAGGCAGAAUAAUACUGUUAGGCCAAAAAUGUCACUUGUAUUCCCUGCACUUCCGGUUAAUGAAACGCUUUCUGCUCCGCCGAAUCACGUAACAAUGAUGCAAAUCGACUGCGAAGUGACAAACACUCAGUUGCUCCAUCUGAAAAAUUCCGUGAUUCCCGAGCAUUUGAGAAAUCAGCGAAAACCAAGCAGAUCGGCAAAAGCUCGGGGCGAAAAUUACAAACCCUAUUUUCUCAAGGAAAAUGACACUCGACCUUUCAAUCAAAAGAAUUUCGAGGAGCCUUACAUUCUCCGCGGAAAAGGGGAUUUCAUCCAGAAGGAAACUCCCUACAUUAUGAAAGAUAAAUUCGAUUCCGGAUUUGAUUUAGACGACGAGAAAUAUGACCCGUACAAUGUUGAAUCGAAAAGUGUUCUCAAAAGUGAACAGUUGGUCUCUGGUGGAGACAAUUUUUAUGAAGAUAAAUCGAAGGAGAGAAGUCCGUAGGAAAAUUUUUUAUUGUGAAAAAGUAUUUUUUACUGCCAAACAGAAUGCAGCCGGCUGUGUAGAAAAUAAUAAAUGAAGAAGAAAAAAAGAGCCUAACAAGCUAUGCAUAAUAAUAUAACAAUAAAAAAUAUAUUGUACAUUGAUAAUAGGGAUCUGAAGAUGUGGAAUUUCGCCCGUUUUUCCGGGCACAGACUGAACGAAGAAAAGUGGCACACAUGGUAUUUUUCGAAUUAAUAUUAUCGGUUUAUUUAUAUUUGAGAAACACUAUUGCCCUCUUUUUUUGCACAAUCCAGCGAAAAAAGAGAAGAAGAAAAAAAAAUGGAUAAAAACUCCUUGAGGGAGUUUUUAGGGAAUUUGCAUUUAUUUUAGGUCAAGUCUUUCUUCCGGGAAAGUAAAAUGCACAGAAUUAAAGACACUAUUGUGUCUUCGAAAUCUAGUUUAACCGAACCACAAAUAAUGUGCAAUUUGAACCACUGAAAAGAUUUUUAUUCUCGAUUAUAUUUAAUGAUUAAGUGUAGUCGUUGACGAUAAGUUGUUGGUUCUAAUUUUUAAAGAAAUGAUAAAUAAUUGUAAGAUAUUUUAAAAAGUAAUUCCUAUGAGUGAGUUAUUAUUUAGGAAAAUGUUUUAUUUUAAUAAUAAGCGUACAAGUUUAAGUAAUUGUGUAUACACGAAUUUUAUGUAUUUUGUUUUAUAAGUAGGUAUUUCACUAUGUGUGUGACAAUUUUUCUGUAUAGACGUUUUAACGCUAGAUUUGUAAUUCACGGACAUAAUAAAUGUUUACAUGAAAGC